GGAAAUUAGUAAAGUAAGAGAGAGAAAGAGAGAGAUAGAGAAGAAAUUUGAAAACCAAUCCCAUUCAAACUUCAAACCAAAUCCCCUCCCUCGAAAACCUCUCUCUCUCUCUAACGCGCCUCCGCUUUUCCAUUAUUAAAUAUCCGCCAAAACCCAAACCCGCCCGGAAAACCGCCUUCCCGCUUUAAUUAAUCCCAUCCGCCGGCAGAUUUCCUAGCUCUAGAAUUCAUUAUCUGCGAGUCUUUGGGGAUUGAGAGAAAGGGGAAAGUCAUUCUACGAUGUUCUUUUACCCCUAGAAGAAGAGGAUUGAAAUUACCUAGGGUUUUCGUGCCGGAGAUAGAUGGGCGCGGUGGUGAUGGCAGCAGCAGCAGCGGCGGCGGGGUGGGGGACGUGGGAGGAAUUGUUGCUAGGAGGAGCGGUGCUCCGACAUGGGACCAGAGAUUGGGACGCCGUCGCCGCGGAGCUCCGGACCCGAUUCGCCUGCACGCCAGAGGUCUGUAGAACCAAGUACGAGGACUUGCAGCAGCGUUACUCUGGUUGCAAAGCUUGGUUCGAUGAGCUUCGAAAGCAACGAAUGGCGGAACUCAGACGAGCCCUGGAAGUAUCAGAGGGCUCGAUCGGGUCGCUUGAAUCAAAGAUUGAGACUCUCAAGGCAGAGAAGAUUAAGGAUGAUUCUUCUUCCCCUGCACCAUCAGUGAAAUCCGAGGGAAUCGUAGAGGAAUCAUUGAGCAAAGAGACGUCCAAAGAUGGACUCUCUGCAGGUAGCUUCACUCAGGAGACCAGAUCGAACUGGUCUCUCGAGCCCCGUCUAGAACCCAAGCCUGAACCCUCGACCUCUCCUGACAAUGGGAAGGUCCUCGAGGAGGAUCGACCACUAGGGUUCUUGAAAGGCCGAAGAGGGAAGAGGAAGAGGAAGGUUUGUGGCCAAGAUGGGAAGGAAACAAGCAUUGAAGAGAGUGCUGAUGCUUUGGGAUCAUCGUCGAUGUCUGCUCAACUAAAGGAUAACUCGACGAGCACUUGUGGGGAAGCUGUCGCCAGAGUUUCAGGUGGUGACUACCAAUGCAGAGGAGGUGGCUCGAGCAAUGAGGGAGAAGCUUCUGUCGAUGAUCUUGUUGGGAUUUUCGACACCAUUGCAGAGAACAAAUGUGCCACUGUGUUUCGCCGGAGGCUUGACAGCCAGAAGAGAGGAAGGUACAAGAAAAUGAUAUUGCAGCACGUAGAUGUCGACACCAUACGAGGCAAAAUCUCCAAGGGCACCCUUCUAUCAGCCAAGGAACUCUUCAGAGACUUGCUCCUGCUGGCCAACAACGCAUUGGUCUUCUACUCUAGAACAACUCGGGAAUAUAAAUCCGCGAAUCUCCUUCGAGACAUUGUCACCAAGAGCUUGAAGGCUUACAUCAGCAGCAGAACUGUCAGCACUGCUGCUGCUCCGGUCUCGAUCACACUUCCACCAGCGGUGCUUGAUCCUCCUCCUCCGACGAAGAAGCCCCCAAAUGCUCGGCUGGACAACAAGAAAGCACCAUCCAAAGUUUCUAAAGCUAGUCCAACCACUGCCAAACCCACUACUGUUGCUGCUAAGAAACCUGCUGUAAAGUCAGGAUGCAAGACACCAACGAAAGAGUCGAAAGGUACUCAAACGACUGCCAAAGCUACUACUACUACUGUAACUGCUACGAAACCUGCUGGAAAUUUAGGAUGCAAGACACCAGCGAAAGAGUCGAAAGCUAAUCAAACGACUGCCAAAGCUACUGCUGCUGCUGCUAAGAAACCUGCUGGUAAUCUGGGUGGUCAGCAGUCGACGGAGGACGAAUCGGGUAAGAGGAAAGGAGGGCCUGGCAGGCAGAAGAAGCGUGGCCGGGCUGCUGAACAACAGCCGGAAGGUGGUCAGAGUAAAGGAGGAAGAAAGAAAGCUCGGGUGAAAUGAGUGAUGUUUGUCUAAUGUGUAUAUAUUGCUUUUUUUUUUGUAUUGUAAGUUGGUUUAGCUCUUUUGUAGUUCCUUUUGUCCUGAUCAUCUGGCAACAUGCUUGUGUAACAUAUGUGAUGGUGAAUAUAAACCGCCAUGCAAAGGAUGCAUAGUAAGCUCUUCAUUCUCUGACAGAAACUGUUUGUAUCUGACUGUUCCCUUAAUAUGAAUCAUGAUUCAAUUCGGAUAGUUGCAUUUCAAAUGUAAGUAUCUCAAAUUCGUUAAAAA